CUUCCAGGCACACAGUCAGAGCCAGUUGCCUAUAACACACACAGGCAGACCCGUCCUCACUCAGCGACCGGCUCACUUUCUCACCACACGCUGCUCCUCGCCCGCUCACAGCAUCUGCCUCUUUCUGAAGUGAGGUGCCAUGCAUUCUCCUCUCCGUGCUUCCCCCUUAAUGUCUGAUCAUUACAUUUUAAGGAUCUCGUCAUCUUUUGGGGCUCUCAUGCUGCAAAAACAAGCAUAACACCUCUCAGUGACCUCCUUUAGGAAUUUGAAGAAAAGGACAAAGCUUUUAUUUGUUGCUUCAGUUGGAAUUGCUGCCUGUGUUGGGAUGCAGAUCUGCACGAGACUUAUGCUCUCUGUAAACACAGACUGAUCCUUCACAAGUAGUGAGCAACUCAGAAGAAAUCCAUCAUCUUUUGUGCAUCUUUUCUUUUGAUCGCCAGCAUCUCGCUGUAUGCAGUGAGAUAUGCCCGGGAUCCCCAUUGCAGCUCUCACACACUGACCAAAACUGCACCACUGAAAUGUUCAACUCUGAGAGGCUGGAUAAGACCCUGAUUCUUCUCUUGAAAUAAACUGAGUAACAUCAUCCUUAUCCUCUGCUAUUUCCAUAUGAGAUUCAGGAGAAUUAGGCACGCCUGGCCCAGACCGCUCACUUUCAACCCUACAUAUUCUCUAUUCUAGCUUCUGCAGGCAGGGUGAAAGAAUCUCAAGGACUUUAUAGACUCAAACAGGUUUCCUAUUUGUUUUGGAACAUCUAGUGGCUUUUCGCCAACAGUCAUGCAGGUGUCAUUUGCAUGUACGGACCAUGGGCUGAAGGCUCCUCGCAAUGGGGAGCACAGUAAGCAGAAUGCCACCAGCCCCAACACUACCAGCCAUGCCCGAGCCCGCUUCCGCACAGUGGCCCUGAUCGCCCGCAGUCUGGGCUCCUUCACCCACCGCUACCACCACAACCUAAAGGAGUCUACUGCCAAGCUGACUGGCAUGAAAUACCGGAACCUGGGGAAAUCUGGUUUGCGUGUCUCCUGUCUGGGCCUCGGGACAUGGGUAACAUUUGGAGGUCAGAUCUCUGAUGAGGUGGCAGAGCAGCUGAUGACCAUCGCCUAUGAGAGUGGGGUCAACCUGUUCGAUACGGCCGAGGUCUACUCUGGGGGAAAAGCAGAGAUAAUCUUGGGGAACAUCAUCAAGAAAAAGUGCUGGAGAAGAUCCAGUCUUGUGAUCACCACAAAGCUCUACUGGGGAGGAAAAGCUGAGACAGAGAGAGGCCUUAACCGAAAACACAUAAUUGAAGGUUUAAAAGGUUCCCUCCAGAGAAUGCAGUUGGAUUAUGUAGAUGUGGUCUUUGCCAACCGGACAGACAGCAAUACUCCAAUGGAGGAAAUUGUGCGAGCAAUGACUCAUGUGAUAAACCAAGGCAUGUCCAUGUACUGGGGUACAUCUCGCUGGUCUGCCAUGGAGAUCAUGGAGGCCUAUUCUGUGGCCAGACAGUUUAAUCUUAUUCCGCCAGUCUGCGAGCAGGCCGAGUAUCAUUUUUUCCAGAGGGAGAAGGUAGAAACUCAGCUUCCCGAGCUCUACCAUAAAAUAGGUGUGGGUGUUGUAUCUUGGUCUCCUUUGGCCUGUGGAAUCAUCACUGGAAAGUAUGAGAAUGGCAUCCCAGAAUCCUCCAGGGCUGCCAUGAAGCCAUAUCAGUGGUUAAGGGAGAAGAUAACAAGUGAGGAUGGAAGAAAACAACAAUCCAAGCUAAAAGAACUGACUCAUAUUUCAGAAAAACUAGGAUGCACCUUGCCACAGUUAGCCAUAGCCUGGUGCUUGAGAAACGAGGGAGUCAGCUCAGUGCUCUUAGGGGCCUCCAAUCCCACUCAGCUGACAGAAAACCUAGGAGCCAUUCAGGUAAUUCCAAAGAUUUCAGCAGGUAUUGCCUCUGAAAUGGACCAUAUUCUGGGAAACCGUCCACACAGUAAAAGGGAUUACCACCAUUAGGAUGGACACUCUCUACUAAACUACACUCAUAAGGCUUUUCAAAGCUCACUUUUCACAGCCAUGGCACCAUAAGUGCGUGCCCACGACUGUGUGUAUCUGUGGAGGACUGUGCGAUUGUACUUGGCUCUUUCAACUCAUAACUGUGAAGUGGGCUACAUGACGACAAAGCGUGCAUGCAAAAGCAGCCAGAAAUCGAACUGAACGUGAUUUGGAGGAUCCAUCGAGACAAUUCCCUGCUUUUAAAAAAAGAAAAACUCAUCUGCAGCAAACUCUGCAGAGGUGCUGAACCAAAUAGUGCUGGGAAAGUAAUAGUAUUAGUUGUAUACUCUGUUAGAAUGGCUGUAAAUGCAUGUAGAGAAAACUUAAGAAAAAUCUAUUACCUCUAAGCAUCCAGUUAACUAUGGCAAAGAAAAUAUGUAUUAAAACGGACCUACGGCUAGAGAAAUCUAUUUUACUUAAUGUAUGUAUUGUAAAAAUAGUUAAAAAUCGUGAUUAGUAAUGAUAUGUAUUUCAGCAGUAUGGACGAACAUUCCCCCUGCAGCUGGAGCUUGCUUGUCCAUGUUAUUGCUUCAGAACUUGAAAAUUUAAAUGUUGCCAAACGUUGUUUUUGCAAUUGAUCCAAUGAAAUAUUCAUUUAUUAAUAUAUAUAUAUAUAUAUAUAUAUAUAUAUAUAUAUAUAUAUAUAUAUAUAUAUAUAUAUAUAUAUAUAUAUAUAUAUAUAUAUAUAUAUAUAUAUAUAUAUAAAUAAACUUAGGUAAUGACUGUUAUAUAAGCAUGUUUCCUUAAUGAGGAGUUCUAUUGUUUUGUUCUCUUUUCCACUUAUGCAACAGCACCGCAGAGUGUAUUUUCCUACUGUGCCCUUUCAACCCAUUUUAGUUUUGUAUUCUGGCAGAGUUUCUGUCAGAACAAAUUGCAUCUGAUUCAUUUCAUUUCAGUCAGUGUUGCAGAUAGCGAACUGUCCCAUCGAUGUCGGGGUGAUGUUCCUCCCACAGGGGAGCUAGUGGAUAACAAAUAAAGCCAUGUGGCUAAUGAAGAGACCUAGUGGAUAAAAAAAAAGAACACCAUAUGGUCCCUAGCAGUACUUUCUACCAGGAACAAGCAGAGUUUUACCCAACUUCUCCCAAAUGGCUGUUUUAUAUAAUGGGAUCAUCCUUGUCAUGUUCUGUUUGUUCAGACGUGUAUUAUGGUGUUGUCCAUCAGAUUUGUACAUGAAAAUAAAAAGGUACGCUUAGAGUA